UCUAUUGGUCUACACACAUUUACAUUUUCCUCUCUUUUUGUUUCCUUAUUUUGUCAAAUCGAGGCCACUAAUGACCUGGAUAACUUUGACAAGGAAAGACAUGAAGACUUCAAGAAGUACGAGAUGGCGAAGGAACACGAUCGGAAGGAACAUCUUAAAACACUGGAUGAGGAUGCGCGCAAAAAAGAGGAGGAACACUUUGAAGAGCUGAAGAAGAAACAUGCAGACCAUCCCAAAAUCAAUCACCCUGGCAGUCAAGACCAAUUGAAAGAGGUCUGGGAGGAAGCUGACGGUUUGGAUCCCAACGAUUUUGACCCGAAGACAUUCUUCAAGCUACAUGACACCAAUGGAGAUGGCUACUUUGAUGAGCAAGAGCUCGAGGCACUGUUUACCAAAGAGCUAGAGAAAGUCUAUGAUCCCACACAUGAAGAGGAUGACAUGAUGGAAAUGGAGGAGGAGAGACUUCGCAUGAGAGAACAUGUGAUGAAUGAGGUCGACACUAACAAAGACAGGCUCGUUUCACUAGAUGAAUUUAUUACGGCCACAAAUAGAAAAGAAUUUCUAGAGCCAGAUGGAUGGGAGACUCUGGAACAGAAUCCAAUCUACACUGAAGAAGAGUUGAGAGAGUUUGAGGAGCAUCUGGCUCGAGAGGAGCAAGACCUGAACCUGAAGACGAAUGACCUGAUGAAACAACGGGAGGAGCUGGAGAGACAACAGGAACAACUUAACGCCCAGAAAAUGGAGCUACAGCGGGCAGUAGAGCACAUGGAGCAGUCAAAAACACAGAAAACAGAGCCUCCAGUACAGGCCAAAGUAUUUUCUGCUGUGGAAAUAUUACCUGGGGACAGUCAGAGGUCACAAGGUCACCAGCAAGACCUCCCCACACAUUCUUAGCAGCUCAAGCUCUUCUCAUUGUCUGUAAUGCGUUUGUCUGUUGUCAAAUUUUUCCAUCCAAAUGGACCAUUUACUGUCACUUAGCAAAGACCUUAGCUUUCCUUGAAGCAAUCAAACAAAUUGGUAUUCUCAAACAUAAAAUACUGAGUUAUGGUAUCCCAAAACAGGCUGCUGAAGUAUGUAAACAGAAUUCUGUAGAUAAUCACACUUCCGUCCACAUUCUUUUAUCAAAGGUGCAAAUAGUUUGUAAGGACAGGGACUGCAUUUGAAACUGUGUUUAGAGAAAUUAACUGUGUUUAUUGUUCUUGUAAAUUUCUUGUCAAUCUUUGCACAAACAUGGCCAAACCUCACAGAAUAAAUUUCUCUUUACAUGAAUUUGAUAUUAUACCUGGCGAACAAACACAUUUCAUGUCAAGUUAAAUGCACUAUAAUUCAGCAUUCCUAUUUCAUGGCACUUCCAAAAUAAUAUAGGAUAGAAAAGAAUAUUUUUUGCUUUAGUUUCAGCUGAAAGGGGUC